UUAUUCUAUGGGGUAAUCAAAUUCUAAACACAAUUCUUGCAUUUUAAAAAAAAUAUCUAUAAAAAUAACCCAAAACAAAACAACGGUAUACUGGUACAUCGUGAAAAUUGGCACGAGUUAUCUUUUCCUGGAUAAAACUUCGCGGUAAAAUAGAAGAUAAAAUAAUCAAUAAGAAAGAAAACACAGGAAAUAAAUUCAAGAUUUCUUAGAUCAGUGAACAUUUCACGUAAUAUCAGAAUGGGACGAAAAUCAAAUAAAGGUAAAGAAAAAAAGAUGAAACGUAAAGAGGAAAAUGCAAAAUUAGCACAAAGUUAUGGCAAAGUUGAAGCUGCCAAUAAGUUAGAGAAUCCUAUGGAAUCCUUAGCUGCAUUUAAACAAUAUGAAAGAAAUGGAUUAAAUUUAACUAUAGACUGUGAGAGAGUAUCAAAUGUAGAUAAGUCUUUGAUUGACUGGGCUUUUCAACUCACUAAAACAAAUAUGGAAACCUUAUAUGAACAGAGUGAAUGGGGAUGGAAAGAUAAAGAAAAGAAAGAUGAAAUGACAGAAGAAAAAGCACGAUAUUUAAUUGUUAAAGAUCAAGAUAGUAAACCUGUUGGUUUUGUUCAUUUUCAGUUUGAUAUAGAAUGUGAAGAAAAAGUGUUAUAUUGUUAUGAAAUCCAGUUAGAUUCACAGUAUCGCAAUAAAGGUUUAGGGAAAUUUUUAAUGCAGAUAUUAGAAUUAAUAGCUAAUAAAACGGAAAUGAUGAAAGUAAUGUUAACAGCAUUUAAGCACAAUCAUGAUGGCUAUGAUUUUUUUACAAAAACUAUGAAGUUUGAAGUAGAUCUGAUAUCACCAGAAGCAUCAUUAUAUGAAGAGAGUUAUACAUAUGUUAUACUAAGUAAAUUAACAAGGGCUGGCAAAAAGGCAGCAGCAUUAGCAGAAGCAGCAGAACACGCUUUAGAACAUAAAGGACGAUGUAUGUCAAGUAAUUGUGGACAUGCCUGUUGACAACACAUUUAAAUCAAUUUUUUAAAAAAUAAACUCAUUUCAGUGGAAUUAACAAUGAAAUAAAAUGUUCUGCAGUUCAAAUAAUGCUCAAUAGUAGUUGAGAUAUUUUUUGUGUGAAAUUAUAUUUUGAUCUGUAAAGGUUUGUCACUAUGAUGCCAUCUUUAAAUCUAAAACAUUGUACACGAGUGGACCAUAAUGUUCGUGAUUUUAGAAAUGUUUAGAUACAUAUUUAAACUGUUAGGUUAGGAGUACCAUAUUAUCUACUAUAAAAAGUUAACUGUAAAUGAAUCUUUUAUAAAUAUAGCCAUCUUGGUGAAUAAGUAUUGUGACCUGAACAGCAAAUUACACUGGUGCCUUAAGAGAUGGGGUUAUGAUUCAAUGUUAUUGGUAAUCAUUGUACAUCUUAACAACUGAUAUAUUUGAAAUUUAUUAUCUUUUAUCUUAGUAUAUGUACAAGGAAAUAAGAAUUAUUAAAAAUAUAAAAAAUAAUUAUUUUGUUUCUCAAAUGCACAACAAAACGAAAAAUUGUAGGUCAUUAUAUUUCUCUUUUUAAGUGAAAUCUGUAUUUGUAACUUAUGACUCGGCAGUUAAAUUAAGACCCUUUGGCCCUUAGCUAAGAAUAUAGAUUGAUAAUAUUUCAUUGAUGUCUGAAACAGUGAGAUAUGUACCUUGUGUGUAUAAUAUGUAAUAGUUUGUUUAUUCCUUAAUUUCAUAUAAUUCAGAUUUUUGAAUUGUACAUUUUUAUAAUUAUUCAGAUUAUACAAUAUGGUUUUGAAUAAACUGCAUUAAUAUUAGUUAUAACUAUGUAAAAUAGCAAGGUGACAGCUACUCAAAUGAUAUACAUUUUUUUAUCAACUAUUAUUAUUAAAGAAAAUGUAUACAUUUACCAAGAUUGAAAAUAAACUGUUUUUUCAUCU